AUGACAAGUGACAAAAAGAGACGAAGCUUGUUCCUACUGCUUUCACAGCUUGUGCUUGUUUCUUCAUUUGGUCCAUCGGUUCCUCCCCAAUACAGCCAAGUCCUCAAGGAAGAUACCCUUGAGCUCAACAAUCCUAUCGAUGAGAACAGAGCGAAUCUAUUAAAAGAAGAUGCUAGAACGGCAGUCUUUGCGGCUAGUAUCGGAAUGAACGAUACCAUGAUUCUGGAAAAGUAUCGCACCUGGUACAAGAAGCCUCUUGCUGCAGACGGGACUACCGAUUUGAGUGACUACACAACCUUUCGUCGAUCCUUUCUUCGCAACCUGGAACGGACGCUUAGCCCAGAGAAUACUGACGUCGACGAAACUGCUUCCGCCAAAAGCACUGCAAAAACAACAGAAGAGGCUGCUACUGUUGUUGACGAACUCAUGGUUCGAAGCGAAUAUGAAAAAUGGCUCGUGAAGAACGAGAAGGAAGCCGACGAAAGUCGGUAUCCACAAUUUCGAAAGAACUACAUUCAGCAGUUUGAAAGGGAUCUCAAGGAAGGCCAAUUUUUCUCUCUAAACGAGUUUGGAGAUUGCACGGAAGCCGAAGCAAAUGCCAUCAGGGCAGAGCGAGCAGUGGAAGAGGCCAAAAUUGUUGCUGCUCAGAAAAAGGCCGAGGCAAUUGCCAUAAUGGCAGCCAAAGCAGUCGCCGAAGCGGAGAAAAUCAAGGCAGAGAAAGCACUCGCCGAUGCCCAAGCCAAAGCUGCUGAAAAGGAAGCAGAGGCUAAGGCCAAGGUAGAAAAGGAAGCCGCUGAAGCGAGAGCUAAAGCUAGAGUCAAAGCUACCAAAGAGAAGUCAGCAUUUAAGGCUAGAGCUAUAGAAGCGGCGGCGAAAGCUGCAGCAGCCAAAGCGGCAAAAGCAGCCAAGGCCCGAGCGGUAGAGGGAGUAGCAAAGGAUGAGUUUUCGAUGGCUGAAAUCAAAUUUGCAGAUGUACCAGAGAACAUCCCAGAGUCAGUGAUGGCACAAAGGUACUGGGAAUCAAACAUGUAUACUCCAUCGGUUCGAAGAGACAUCUAUCGUGUCCUACGUAAUUCGGCGGACCUAACUGCUGGACUAUCACCACAAGAAGCAACGAUGCAUAAAAGUAUAUUCUCCGUCGCACUCUUGACUCGAAAGGAUUCAUUCGGAAAUGUGAAUGGCUACGCGUUUGUCAAUCGCCGUGCAUUGGACGGUAGUAUCCACAACAACAAGUACACUCCUUGUGAUGAUUAUGAAGUGUUAGAAGCUAUUAAGAGCGUGGGUUAUCCAACAGAACACGGGAUUGCACUUACGGUGGCAUUCGAAAACUAUCUUUCGGGAGUCGCCGGCAAAUGGGGCGAUAGUGAUGCUGCUACUCUAUCGGUCGAAUUUCUUGUUGCCUUUACAAAUGAGAUGACCAAGCGAUUGGACGUGAACCACAGAAUUCGAUCGAGCAAACUAUCGGAAAGUGACGUUGCUAUUCUCAAGACCGAGCCAUUUUCGGCAUGUGUCGACAUCAAAGCAUUGCAAUCAUAUGGAACGUAUACGAAUGAAGAGCCGGUAUGCGGGCCUUCAUUGGACCGUGUACUCAGAAGAAAACGGCCCAAAACUCAAAAGAAAAUCGUGGAAGCAUUGGUAAGAACCCAGUUCGAUGCUGAUGCAAUUGAAGCAAGAGAGCAAGAUUCAGCAAUGUUCUCCGCAUCGCUUAGAAGAGAUAUCUACAAGGUUCUGCGGAAUCCAAACAACAUACUAUUUGGAGCUUCUAUUCCAAUCAACGAAAAGACGGAUGUGCUGGGAGCUGUUCUGCUUGCACGAAAGGGUGUCGAUGGUAGCUAUGAUACCUUUGCUUUUGCAGAUCGCCAAGACUAUGAAGCGAUGCCAGCAUAUGAAAAGGAGAAUUUUUUCAAACUAGACGACAGGGAGACCGUCGAAGCUAUUUCUCACAUUGGCUCAGUCAAUCCAGUUUCAAUUGCAGUGACAGAAGCAUUUGAAGCCUAUCUCUCACAGCUUGUUGUUGAAUGGGGAGACCGCGACGUCGCUCAUUUCUCUGUGGAAUUUCUUGUUGCUUUCGGACAGGAACUUUCCAAACGGCUGGAUAUUAACAACCGCCUCAGAUCUACAAAGGUUUCUCGAGAAGAAAUGUUGCUUCUUGCUACUCAUCCUUUCGCCGGUUGCGUUGAUCCUGCCGUCAUGCAGUACUACCAAGAAGAAAAUCGGGUGUAA